AUGACCCUUCAUGUCCCGACGAGCAACACCACAACGGUCCUCACGAUCCCCAUUGGCUUCAUUCGCGUCGCCAACGUCGCCCUUGCGUACAACAAUAGCACCACUACCCGCACAUCACCAGGGUCCAUUGGAUUUGGUGCACUAGACCGCCCUUCCUUUCGCUCUCCGAUGCAUCGCCCCGAGGCACGGGCCACGAUGCCGCUUCACCGUGAGCCCCAUCUUGGGCCUCAUCUUCGACGCCAGUCCGCGUCCGACGCCUUCUUCGCCCACUCCACGGCCCAGCGCGUCAAUACCGAUGCCGUCAUUGCCACUGCCCUCACACGCCAGUAUCCCGACCGGCACCUGUCCAUUGUGCCCCGAGCGUCGGUUGACCUGCUCGCCUACGCCGCUGCCGGCCAUGCCCGCGCCACCCCCCUCGCCGACGACAACCUCACCAGUGCCACAGCCACUGCCGCAGCACAGACCGUCGAGAGCAAUGGCGGCGGCGGUGGCGAUUCCUUCCCCGCCUCUCUGGCUUGGGACGUCUAUGUGCCCCCCGCGCGGCGCCUAGAUGGCUCUCCGGGCGCCGUUGCCCGCGCCUUGCUCUUCGGCAAGUUUGCCUAUCACUGGUCCGGGCACGACUUUAUCCUGUACAUUGCCGAUGGCCGUGAUGGCAGCUCGUCCUAUCCGCAGGUCACCAACCUGUACUUGAUGAGCACCCGUGACCCGUCUUCCCCGUCCCCCAAUGGCGACGCUCACGUCCAAGCCCUUAUUCUGGCCGCUGGUCAGUGGGCGAGCGAGCUCCACGACGAGAUAUGGGUCUUUGACGGCGGUCGCUGGCUGAAAGACGCCAAUCUUUAUCGUAGCGUGCGCCGGGCCUCAUGGGAUGCCGUGAUCCUCGACCCGGACAUGAAAAAGGCCCUCAUUGAGGAUCAUUUGUCCUUCUUCAACGGCCGCGACACGUACGAGCAGCUGCGUGUUCCCUGGAAGCGCGGUGUCAUAUACUACGGUCCGCCCGGAAACGGCAAGACUAUAUCUAUCAAGGCCAUGAUGAAUACGCUCUACAGCCUUGACAAGCCUGUUCCCACGCUUUAUGUCAGGACCCUGGCGUCUUUUGCUGGGCCCGAGUACUCCAUUCAGCUCAUCUUCCGGAAGGCGCGCCAGUUUGCCCCUUGCUAUCUCGUCUUCGAGGAUCUCGACUCCAUCGUCUCCGACAGUGUGCGGAGCUACUUUCUCAACGAGGUUGAUGGCCUCCAAAGCAACGAUGGUAUAUUCAUGAUUGGCAGCACCAAUCACCUCGAUCGCCUGGACCCCGGCAUUGCGAAACGCCCUUCGCGGUUUGACCGCAAGUACCUGUUCCCCAACCCGAGCUUCGACGAGCGCGUCGCCUAUGCCCACUUCUGGCAAGGCAAGCUCGCGCCCAACCGUGACAUCGAAUUCCCCGAUGAGCUAUGCACGGCCAUCGCGCGCAUCACUGACGGCUUCAGCUUCGCUUACCUGCAGGAAGCGUUUGUCGCCGCCCUGCUGGCUAUUGCGCGUGACCAUACAGGCGGACCCGCCGGGAACGGGAGGCAAUUGCAGCAUGGUAAGGUCCGUGAGGAGCGCAACGACAAACAGCGGCCGAGUGGUAGGCCUCGGGCGACGCCGUCAACCGUAGACGGGCCCGAUGACUGGGUCGAAGUCUUGGACCGGACCCUCGUGUCACCAGGCGGAAAGGAUAAAAAGCCCGAUCUGGACAAGUUGAUCCUCUGGGUUGAGAUACAGAAGCAGGUCAAGAUCCUCCGCGAAGGUAUGGAAGACGAGAAGCGUGGCAGUAGUGCCUGA